AUGGCGGAUGAAGAAGUCUUUAAUGUUGAAAAUGACCUGCCAAUGUUUUUAGAGUCCGUUUUAGACAACGUAGAAUCUAUUUUUCAAAGUGAUGUUGACCUAGAAGUCGCCGAAUCCCAUGCUGAAGUUAUUGAUCAAAGUAUUCGUUUGAAUAGAUCAAUAAGUGAGUGCGCCGAUGUCGAGACUCAAGACAAGAUGAAUCUGAAUACACUUUCCACCGUUUUUACUGAUGUACUAUCGCUGUUAAACCAUCCAAAUGCCAUAAGAUCUCCAACUACGGCUUAUGAGAACAAAACUGAGGUAGCAACUGAAGUAAAUGGUUGUCCUAGAAGACCGCGUUUUGUUAUCCGUGCUGAAAUGCUUGAAGAGCUUCGAGAACUUGGAUUUAGUUGGACUAAGAUAGGAUAA